AUGGAUGCCAUGUUUGAUAUUUGUUAUUUAUCGUCUGACGGUACCACUAUUGAAUCCGAUGAUAUUCCUCAGACAAAGGAGAAUGUCUGGAUUUUGGGGAAAAAAUAUAGCGCUAUUCAGGAUUUGGAUCGUAUAAGACGCGACAUUAGUUCUAUUAUUUGGUGUACAUAUAGGAAGGGGUUUGUUCCCAUCGGAGAUGAAGGUCUAACUUCUGAUAAAGGUUGGGGAUGUAUGUUGCGAUGUGGCCAGAUGGUACUUGGAGUAGCGCUUAUAAGAAUUCAUUUAUCAACGGAUUGGGCUUGGAGUCCAGAAACAAGGGAUCCAACAUACCUAAAAAUUAUUCAAAGGUUUGAAGAGAGAAAACAAGCUCCAUAUUCCAUUCAUCAAGUUGCAUUAAUGGGAGCAUGUGAAGGCAAGGCGGUAGGACAAUGGUUUGGACCAAAUACAAUUGCACAAGUUUUGAAGAAAUUAGUUGUUUAUGAUAAAUGGAGUUCUUUGGUGAUACAUGUAGCUUUAGACAAUACUGUUGUAAAAGAGGACAUACUUGCACAAUGCAUUGUUAAAAAUGAUAGAGGUGAUGCAUCAGACAUACCAGAUAGUAUAAAUGUGUCAGAUUGGAUGCCACUAUUAUUAAUAGUGCCUCUAAGAUUAGGUCUCAGUGAAAUAAAUCCUGUUUAUGUAGAGGGACUAAAGAUUUGUUUUCAAUCGCCACAAUCUAUUGGAGUAAUUGGUGGAAAACCAAAUCAAGCUUUAUAUCUUAUUGGUUGUGUUGGGGAUGAAGUUAUAUAUUUAGAUCCUCAUACUACACAAAAAUCUGGAUUGGUUGAAAGCAAGUCAACAGAUGAGCAAAAGGAAAUGGAUUGUUCCUAUCAUUGUAAAUAUGCAUCUCGAAUACCAAUUCUUGCCAUGGAUCCAUCGGUUGCUGUAUGUUUUCUUUGUCGCACUAAAAGUGACUUUGAAGAAUUGUGCAUCAAUAUAAAAACAAAUGUGAUGAAAGAAAGUCAACCAUUGUUUGAAAUAUGUGAGAAGAGACCGUCUCAUUGGGGUCCCAGUAAUGCUGAUAUUGAUCUGCAAAAUAUUUCUAUGUUUACGGAUAUUGAAGAUGAUAGACAAUUCGAUGAUUCAGAUGAAGAAUUUGAGAUUCUAUGA